CUUGAUAAGAAUCAAAGUUUGGGGCCACCACUCUUAUUUUCGCACAAAUUGGUGUGCUGUUUGUCUCCUCUCAUUAUAGGAUCUAUCCUCAACCAAAUAACGUGUAUGAGGUGUCCUUGGAUAGCUUUUGAAGUCUAUUUUUAUAAUUGAGUGGUCUCAAUUCGAGAGGAGAGAGCAAUCAUCCAAAAAUCGAUCUGGAACGAGCAGAGGUCUGUGAACUCGAGCUGUGAGAGUGCUGAGACUGUUUGGUCGAUAUCUCGAGUUUUACAAAUCCAAUUAAGGCGUGUGAGAUACCCACAGAAAGCUCUCAAGACGAGGAAUCCGUGAAGGUCUGGUUUGCAGGAAUCGGAGUUGUGGAAGGCUUCCAAAUCGUCCGAGCAAAACACAACCUCGCAGGAGAGGAUUUAAUCUUCUAAAAGUGAGUUUUAACCCCAAAACUUUACUUUUCAUUUUCCAAAUGAUAUGAACGAUUGGUGGGACUAUCAUACACUAAUCCAAGUGUAUAAUAUGUCCUUAUAAAGUUAUUUUAGUGAUGUAAAGGUUAGAUACUAACCUAGAGCAAAUCUUGGAAAAACUAGGAAACGAGUUGACCGGGAAACACCCGUUCUAGGGGCUGUUUUCGUAUCAACGAUUAAGGGUUGAACUAGCACUUUGAGGAGGCUGUUUAACACUCAUAUUUGAGCAAGGAAUCAGUUCCAAAUCCACCUUGACCAAAGCUUUGACCAUUGGACCAAGAAGGGAAAGUUUAAAGCUCAAUUGAGGUUGAGGCUAGAGCUUGCUUCCUGUGCUCGUUGCUCGAGAGAUCAUCUAGGGGCGAAGACUUGGUUCGUGCUUCCUCCAUUCGGAUUUUAAACAUUAAUAAACAUGCUCAUGGAUAUUUUAUUAUAGAGCCUGCGUGCUCAUGAAUAGCCCUGUGUGGCCCUUUUGUUUUAAACAAUGUUUUCCGCUGCUUUAUGAAUUACUUAUUAUGUUGUUUAUGGAUGACUUGUGUGUGAAUGAUAUUCAUGACGCCUUGUAUAAUAUGAAUGUGUUGGACUGCGGUUGACUAUUCGUAUUGUACGGCGGGUUGUCGACGUGUCCGGGGAGGUCCGGGGCGUGACAGUGGGUGUCAUCCUUACAGACCGGAAAGUCCGAAUUCAGGCAGUACAGGACCUGUUUGCAUCGGCCGCUCUGGAGACUAGGAAGAGGUAUGGCAGUCCAAGAAAUUGACGAAAAAAGGUACCUAUUCACCUUUUAUCAUAUACUACCUCCGUCCCCCUAAGUUUGGGACAAGAGAAGGUGGCACGGUUUUUAAUAAAAGUGGGUUUAUGUGGUUGAUAUUGAAUUGAUAAAGUAAGAAUAAAGUAGGAAUGUUUUGGAACCACACAAACUUUACCAAAUAAGGUAUGAGACAAUCUUAGUGGGACGGACCAAAAUGGUAAAAUGGGACAAUCAUAGCGGGACGGAGGGAGUAGUUGAUAUGAAUUGUGCUAUGGAGGAUGGUCCUUGGCUAUUUGAGAGAAAUCUGUUAUUGCUAAAGGUGGUUGGUCCUAAUGAUAUACCACAUAUAAUGAAUUUGUUUGAAUCUGAGUUUUGGGUGCAAGUGCACAAUGUUUUGUAUAAGUUCAUGAAUGUGGGCACUUCUAGAAGAGUGGGUAAUUACAUUGGGGAAUUUAUUAGUUUUGAUGAAAGCCAUUUUAAGGCAAAAUGGAGUUCAUACUUGAGAGUUAGGGUGAAGAUGGAUGUGAGAAGACCUCUGAAAACGGGUUCUACUUUGACAAAGGGGGCGAAGGACACUGGGUAGAUUUCAAGGAUGAGAAAUUACCAAUUUUUGCUUUAUUUGUGGAAUAAUGGGACAUUCUAAGAAAUUUUGCCCACUGAAAUAUGUGGAAGAUAUUGUUCUGGAGAAAUCUUUUAGAGCUGACCUGAGAGCAGGAGGAGGGGGAAAGACUAGCCCCACAAGAGGUAGUAAGUGGUUGGUGGAUAAACAGGGAGGUCCGAGUCAUCAGAGGAGGUUUCAUCAAGAAGAUGAAGGCAUUAUGAGACAGGGGCGCAAGGGGAACACAACUGAGACAGAAGGUAGCGACACAAAGGAAGAGGAAAUAAGCAGUUCCGUGGAGGUCUGAGUUGACCAGAAGCGCAGACGAGUCUGGAAGGAUCCGACGCAGGAGAACAACUCAGGGGAGGAGAUGGCACUGGACAAAGCAAAAAACGGGGAGGAGGUGAGUCUGAAUUCCUAGGCCCGCCUGAUGUGUUCGUGAGGCUGGGGGUGAAGAAGAUCCAGUUUGGUGUUUUUUUUCUGUUUGUUUGUUUUGUUUCGUUCCACGCUCAGACUGUUGUUUUUGGUUUUUGUUUUGUUUUUUCUUGUAAGACUCUGGCAUUAGGUUUGGAUGAUGAGAGUUCCGCAGUAACCAUUGUUGACUCAAUUAUGCCCAGUUUAGGAUCAACGAGUUAUACUGCUUUCGUGAAGGUGGUUAACUCAGAGUCUGGCCCAAUGGCGGAUGGUUAUCGGUGGUACUCUUGUUAUUUUAGACCAUUGCUGAAUGCUUCUAUUCUAAUAUAAGUCUCCUUCAUCCAAAAAAGUACUUAUUCUUUCAA